AUGGUACAUCAAAAACAAGUGACGCUUCUGUACCAAGAGGCUGCAAGAUCAGAGGACAGUUCCUUGUCAAUGGAAGCUUCGUACCUGUCUAAAAUCGAGCAGAUCCAAGAGGAGCUGGACAAUGUACAGCUUGUUUCUGCUCAGAAGCUUCUGCUGGAGCACAAAGAUGCGGAGAUUGACUAUGAAGAGGAGGACGACCAGUUACACCUAAAAGUGAACUGGCCACAAUACGUCGAGGCACAAAAUGAGAAGCUUCAAAAAAUAUUGGAAACAUAUGAAGAGCAAUACCAGAACAUGCAAAUAAGUGAAUCUGAAUCUGCAGAGGAACUGGUGAAGUGGCAAGAAACGGAUUAUAAACCAACACCGAGCCAUGACAACAAUGAGUGGACUGUGAUGGAAUUAAAGAUGAAUCAAGUUGAAGAAAAAAAAGAAGAUUUGAUCUCAGAACUGCAGGAGCUGGAGGAGGAAGUGGGGGAUCUUCAGAUACAAGGACAGGGUCAAGGAUGGACAAAGCAGACCACAGCUGGCCAAAAGCUUAUGCUUCAGAUGGAUGACCUUAAUUCUGACAACGCGCUGCUAAAAGCACAGUUGGUUCAGUACAGGGAGGAGCUAAACCAGAUCCUGUCUUUGAAGGAUAAUCAGUUGAAGGAGUUGUUGCAAAAGCAACAGCAAAUUAAACCUUGA